AUGGGCUAUAAAGAAGAUCAAGCAGACGCUAAUAAUGAAUCUUCAUUAGAAAAAACAACAUCUAAUGAUUCUACAACGUUGUUAAUUGGAGAAAUUUUUAACUUGGAAACUGAAGAAAAUUCAGAGUCUUCCGCAGUAGAAACUGCCCAAGCUGAUUCCCUUGAUAAUUUGGAUUAUGAUCCAUGUGAUGUGUUGAAUAAUUUUUUAGAACAUGAAAAACAGGGAAC